AAGGAAACGUUCAAUUAUCAACCACUAUGCUUACCGCUAUACCUGAAGUCGAUCUUGGAAUAGAUGUGCGAUUGAAGAAUAUUGAAGAAACUGAAAAGGCAAAGCGCAAGCUAUUAGAACAGAGACAUCAGAAACCUAAAGAGGAAGAUGAUACUUUUGAGGGAUCAAAUUUCUCAGCGACUAAUAGAUGUAGCGAUCAUGAACGAAAUCAACAAGAACAGUUAAAUCAACCUCAUUAUAAAGCUGGACAACGCAGAGAAAUGGCCACAGAUGAUAUAGUUGCUGAAAGGUUUAAAAAACGUUUACGCAGAUGA